GUUGAGGAGGAAGUGAUUGAUAUAAGCAACCAUCUGUCUGCUUUUCUACUCAUAGACUGAACAGAGUGCUGCCAGUACUGAGGACCUAUUAACAUUGUUAAUCUGAGACUAUGUCUUUUGUGAACACCAUCCGACAGUGGGAUGAAGGGGUGGCUUUUGCUGAUACGAGGGACUGGGCAACUGCCCUUAGGGUACUUCUGGAUAUCGAGGAAAUGAAUUCAAAAAUUUAUUUCAACAUUGGUUGCAUUCGCCUAAUCAACAAAGAACUGGAUGAUGCUGAAAAGGCUUUUGACAACAGCAUUUGCAAAGACGAGCACUUGGCUGUUGCCUUCUUUCAGAGAGGAAUAACAUUUUACAAAAAACUGAAGUUUGAGGAAUCUUUAGGUGAUUUCCAGAAGACCUUCACAGAGUUGCGAGGAAACCAGCUAAUUGACUACAAACCUCUCGGUCUGAGGUACAAGCUGUAUGCCUGUGAGGUCUUGCACAAUAUAGCCCUGGCCCAAGCCCAACUGGGAAAGUGGGAGAAAGCCCAGGAGAGUCUGCUAAGUGCACUCAGCCUCAAAACUGAGUCAAAACAUGGCCACAUCGACAAAGCUCUUGAGUCUGUCCUGAAGCAGAAGCUGUUUGAGCCAGUUGAAAUCCGGGCAGGGGUAUUGUUUAGGCCUAAUAAGAACUAUGUGGCUGAACUGGAGAAGAAGGACUACCUGGGCAAGGCUAAGGUGGUUGCCUCUAUCAUUCCUGAGGAUGACUUCUCUGGGUUUGCUCCCCUACAACCCCAGGUGGAAGAAGAAGUUCCUACCAAACAGAAAAUUCCUGAAGUACUGAGGGCACUGGAGGGUGAGCCACACAGUGUACUAUAUGAGUUUAUCGCUGAGACAGCUGAAGAGUUGACAGUGUUGCCUGGAAACAUUGUGUUUGUACUGCAAAAGGGGGCAGAUAACUGGGCCUCUGUCAUCUUCAAUGGGAAGACAGGUCUUGUGCCUUAUAAUUUCUUGGAGCCAGUUGAAAUAACAUUAUCAUCCAAGCAAGAACUGCAGGAGGCUCCAAACAAUGACAUCCCAGCCCCACCACGGGGAAAGCCACCAAGCAGGCCUGGAAAUAGAGCAGCUUUGGAACCCUCUCCGAAAGCAAAUGCAGUGAAGACCUCAGAUGAGGAUGACAUGAUAGAAAGCCAAAUGUGUAUUCUGAAAGUGCAGUUUGGAUACACUGUAGCAAUUCACACAGCAAUGGGACUUUCAUACAGCACUGUUCUCGAUAGAAUCAGCAAGAAACUGAAUCUGCCAUUGGACACAAUAAUCCUGAGCUAUAAGAAAACUGCCAGCCAUAGAGUAAAUGUAGAUGAGCUGGAGAUGGAUAAUAUCUGGAGGAGUGCACAGAAUGGGCGUCUGACGUUGUGGUGUGAUGUCAAGGACAAAGAAAACAGGCCUUUCUUUGUGGCCCGUCACACAUAUGAGGCCACACAGCCAGAGGACUUAGAAUUCUGCCAGGGUGAUGUCAUCACAGUGCUGUCAAAAGUUAAUGAACAGUGGCUCGAAGGACAGUGCAAAGGAAAAGUUGGAAUAUUCCCAGCAUGCUUUGUGGAUCAAUCAAUGAGUCAACAGAGGAAUUAACAUUGAUUUUGUCAAAUCAACAAUUUUUUUAAAACCUCUUUGUGUUGUUGCAUUCAAGUGUGACUCAAAUCAACAUUUCAGUCACACUUGAACAUAGAUAAACAGUAUGCACAAGCACAUAUACACAUAUGCACACACACCCACACACAUACAGUAACGUCCAUAAGUAUUUGGACGGUGCACAGUUUUUGUUGUUUUGGCUCUGUACUCCAGCGUGUUGGAUUUGAAUUAAUAUAAGUUUAAACUGCAAAAUGUCAGCUUUAAUUUAAGGGUAUUCACAUCCAUAUACAACCCUUUUUACACAUAGACUUCUUAUUUCAGGUGACAAAUUAACAUAUUACAAAUUAACAUAAUCUUAAAUAAAGUUGUUGUACUUAGUACUUACUGAAAAUUCCUUGUGUUUAUAUUGUGUUUUCUCACUGGCCUGCAACUACUUCACAGUGAUGAGGGGGAAACUCACCUCAAACACAACCUUGGUUGCACUUGGUUGUAUUUCACUACAAAUCCUUUGUAGUCCAUGACCACCUGAAGUCUCCUAAAU